AUGCAGCAGCCCCAGGAACCCCCCGUCUCCCGCAAGAGAUCCUCCAGAGCCUGCGAUGCCUGCAAAACCCGCCGGUCCAAGUGCGAAGAGCUCAGGGAGAGCAGUGACGGCACCCCCUCAUGCAAGGCAUGCCGCGAAGAAGGCCAGCCAUGUCAAUAUACGUUGCCCGUACGGAAAAGAGGACCUGCGAGAGGAUUCAAGCAUGGUGUAGACAGCAGCAGUGCCGGCGCCGAGCAGCAGCAACAGCGUCCACUGCGGUCGCAAUACCCCACUGCAACCGGACAGCCCGGUCCGGCGAACCUGGGGCAUCAAGAAAGAUCGACACUGAGUAGUAGCCGGACCCAGUCGCCGCCCCCCUCGACGUCUGGCUCGGCCCACCACCCGCCACUGCGGCCGAACGAGCCAUUCUUUGGCAUACCCACGCAUAUGGUAGACCAGCUCUUGGCGGUAUACUUUACCCAUGUGCACAAUGUUUGGCCCCUGGUAUGCAAGCCGGUGUUUAGCCCGCACAACAUUUCAGCCCAUCUGCUCUUAUCAAUGCUUGCCGUAGCCAUCUGCGUCGCUCCGGAAUGUGCCGCCGAAGGCUUCCAUGCCACCUCACUGUUCCACAUGGCCGAGCAUGCUCUACUGCGACGAAGAAACGAGAUCAAAGUCGAUAUCAUUCAGAGCUUCAUCUUGAUGAGUCUGCGGCAGACUGGAUGUGGUGACAAGCAGAGUGCUGCAUUGUACGCCAACAGGGCUUCUGUCAUGGCAACCACAAUGGGAUUGCAUCUCGACCAAGGGUCGUCCCCCCAAAACACUCCAGAUGUGAGUGAUCUGUCUUUGAGUUACGAAAACGACACCCGAUCCCGGGUAUACUGGAAUUGCUACGUCCUCGACAAGGUCGUCGCCGAAGAGACUGGUCGCCCAUACGUCCUGCCUUAUAGACGCAGCUCUGUCCCAUUCCCCGGUAUCGGCGAGACCGACGAGCUCGAAACAUGGCCUCCCGCACCCAUGUCUUCUGCCCUCGUGCCCGUCUCUGUCCGCCAUGUUACUCCCCGCAGAGGAUACGUCAUGAGCUGCUUUGUAUGGACCUGCCGCUUGGCGAUGAUUGUGGAAGAGAUCAUGGAGCUGCAACUUGACGGGCCUUGUAUCAACGCGGCGUCUAAUGCUUGGGAUCGGCAGUUUGCACAGCAGAGUCGGGAAAAGAGGGACCCGAAUGAGCAUAGGGAUAUGAUUGCCAGGCAACUCGAGUUGUGGAAGGCUGCGCUGCCUCCUCACCUUGACGUUGAUACGAAUAGCCCUGUAUCUCCCAUGCCUCACCAUGUGGUCGGGAUCACAUGGUACCACACUGCUCGUAUCCUCCUGUUCUCCCGCUUCCUUCGACGUCGUCCAGCGUCGUCCCCCGUUGCGGGAGAGACCGAACGGUCCAAAGAUUACUAUGCCGUCUGUUCAAACGCUGCGCAAGCAGUGGUGGAUCUGAUCCACCUCCUCGACACGAAUCGAGUCCUGCAGCACGUCAGCUCGGAUCUGAUCCAUCUGCUCAGUCUUACGACGUUGUUUGAAGCCUACGACUCUGUGUCUACGGACCCGGCACGAGCGCACAGAGCUAAAAUCAACUUUUCACAAUGUUGUAUCUGGCUCAAAGAGUUUUCAUCAUCUUGGCCCGCUGCUUCUUCCCACCGUGUCUUCUUUGAGGGCUUGAUCAUGGGCGGCAUGCAGCUAUCCGAGCCCGAAGUGCUCCCAACAAGUUUAAGAGAAAGGGAAAAGAGGCCGAGCGACGCUUCAUCCGCUGUCGUGGUCGGUGAAGGUAUCCAGCGCGUCCACCGGCAUCUGUCCGGUAACGAUAAUGCCCCUAGUGCCACUUCUAGCACUAUCACUUCCCCCCAAUUCGCAUUCAGACCUCCGCGAAACGGCACCACCGACGUCUCUCCGGCCAACCUCUUUCAGCUGCCGCAGUAUUACUGGAACCAGCUCUCUGUCAAUGAUGAGCGACUGCAAUCUCAGCCGCGGUACACCCAAGACUAUGACUUCAACCUCUACCCGUCUUCUCUGCAGUAUCCUGCUGGAGUUAGUCCAACCGAUCAGUUUGUGACGGGUCCCACGCCGGUAUCACAGACCAGCCGAUUCAGCCCUGAAGUGUCUCUAUCGUAUCCCCAGCAGCAUCUUGCUACCCGGCCUCAGUGGGCUCCUAUGCAGAGGGAGAUACCUCAAGGUAGUAUGGCGUCAAAUGGCGGGCGCAGUUCCAGUCAGUAUCCGAGUGUUCCUCCCCCAUCUGCCCCUCCUGGUCCGCCCACUGGUGCUGGGGAGAAUCUGGAUGCAGUCCAUUCGGCGUUGAUGGCGUAUAUGAUGGACGCUAUGAAAGGAGGAGGGACGCAGUAG